CGCCCCGCGCCUUCGCCGGCCCGGCCGCUGUCAGCGCCCUCAGCGGUGUAUGCUGAGCCUCUGCGCCCGCCGGCUGCUGCACGUCCUGGGCCUUCGCUUCCCGCUGCCGACCCGCCGGCCGGUCUUUCUCUGCCCUCACCGCCUCAUGAAGCCGCUGGUCGUGUUCGUUCUCGGCGGUCCUGGCGCCGGCAAGGGGACCCAGUGCGCCCGCAUCGUCGAGAAGUAUGGCUACACGCACCUUUCUGCAGGAGAACUUCUUCGUGAUGAAAGGAAGAACCCAGAUUCACAGUAUGGUGAACUAAUUGAAAAGUAUAUUAAAGAUGGAAAGAUUGUGCCAGUUGAAAUAACCAUCAGUUUAUUAAAAAGGGAGAUGGAUCGGACAAUGGCUGCCAAUGCUCAGAAGAAUAAAUUCUUGAUUGAUGGAUUUCCGAGAAAUCAAGACAACCUUCAAGGUUGGAACAAGACCAUGGAUGGGAAGGCGGAUGUAUCUUUCGUCCUAUUUUUUGACUGUAAUAAUGAGAUCUGUAUUGAACGAUGUCUUGAGAGGGGAAAGAGUAGUGGUAGGAGUGAUGACAACAGAGAGAGCUUGGAAAAGAGAAUUCAAACCUAUCUUCAGUCAACAAAGCCAAUUAUUGACUUAUAUGAAGAAAUGGGGAAGGUCAAGAAAAUAGAUGCUUCUAAAUCUGUUGAUGAAGUUUUUGAUGAAGUUGUGAAGAUUUUUGACAAAGAAGGCUAACUCUAAGCCUGAAAGCGUCCUUGAAAUCAUGCUUGAAUAUUGCUUUGAUAGCUGCUAUUACAACCUCUUUUUAAGGCAAUUUUAAUCUUUCAUAAUUACAUCUCAAUUAAUGGCUGGAAAGUAUGUAUUAAGACAAAUUAAAUUUUUUAGCUUCAAUUUUCUUUUUUUUUGGUCACCAGAGUAGACAGUAAAUUUGGGUCUAACUUCAUCUUAGCUAUGGUGCUCACAAAACAAAGAAGGGUAUUAGCGAGUUCUUUGUUUUAUCCGAAAAAAAUAUCCCUUUUAUAGUUUGUGCCUUCUGUGAGCAAAACUUUUCAGUGUGUGUGUAAUUAGUAAUUACAACAUAUUAGGAUUAGGGAUUCCCUACUUCCUCUUCCUGCAGGUUUUAAAUUUCCAACCUGUUAUGUGAAUUUGUGGACCAAAUUCCAAAGAAACUCUUUGUGUAGUCAGUUCUUGCAUAAUGAGUUUGGUAAACAAACUCAUAAAAUGAAUUCCUAGAAGUGUUUUAGUAUUUAUAAAAUAACUGACCAUUUCUAUAGAAAGGUAAGAAAACAUAGGCUUUGUUUUACUACAACUUGUACGAAGUUGUGUGACAGGGCAUAGUCUUUGCUUCCAGGGAGGGGCACUGGGGGUUCAGAGCCUGGCAGAAUUGUCAGCUUUAUUCUGACAUAAAUUCUGAGGAUAAGGGGCAAGGAUCACAUCUAAUGACAUGUGUUCCUUAUGCUCUAUUAUAUAGUGUUAUUAAUGAUUAAACUGAUCUUAACAAAAUUCCUAGCAGUGGAAUUUUGAAAUGCAUGUACUUAAAUUUAUGGUAAAAUGAUUCAGUUAGUGUUUUAGUAACACUUCCAAGUUUUUUUGUUUGUUUUCUAGACUAAAUACAGGGUUAGUAUAAAGUAGAAGAAAUCUAAUGGUUAAAUUUCCCAUUUGUAUUUUAUUUUCUUGAAUACUUUUUUUCAUAGUUAUUUGUUUAAGAAGAUUUAAAAAUCAUUGCACUUUGGUCAGAAAAAUAAUAAAUAUAUCUUAUAAAUGUUUGAUUCCCUUCCUGGCUACUUUUAUUCAGAAUAUUUUUUAUUUGGCAUCGUGUUGAAGCUUUGAAAGGUACAGAAUAACUAAAAGGCUAUAAAGUCCAAAGGAAUUUUCUCUUAAAUCUUCUUCCUUUAAAAGUCUCUGAGAAAUUUGUUUUCUCCUUUCUAAUCUUUUUCUGCCAUCUCUAAUGCAAGGUGGUAUUCAAGGUUCUUAAUAGGAGAUUUAUUAAAAUGUUUCUCAUUUUCACCACUUAUACAGUUUGGUAUACAGGGUUAAAUUGGGCAAGGAAAUUUGACUUUGUAUAAUUAAAUUGAUUUUAUAUUUAAAGUCAUUGAGAAUAGUGAGGACAAUUUAUGGAUGUUCUUGUAUUGUAAUAGAUUUGUUUAUUUCUAUGGGUGUGAUGAAAUUCAUUUAUUAAUGACAUAUUUUCAAGAUACUUGCCAUUAGAAAACAAAGUAUCCAUAAGUACUGUAACAUAUUAGCCACCAAAAUUUGUACUGAGAUUAUCUUGGUUUCUUGGAAGAGACUGUAAUGAAUUCUUAUCUAGUGAUUCAGUCCAGCCAAUACAGAGGGAUUUUAGUGGUAGUUUAAUCAAACAGCUGUAGUGUGAAGCAAGAGUCAAGACUAAGAUUUUGAAAGCAUUCCUACUCACAUAAAUGAAGAAAUCAGUUAGAUGGGGAUCUAAAUAUUCAUAUUUAGAUUUGGUUUGCCUCAUUUCAUCAAAUAUCUUUUUGUGGCAUUUGAGAACAAAAACCAAGAAACAUAGUAAUUACUAAAUUGUGAGGCUUUGCUUUUUGUUUGCUUAAGUAGGAAAACAUGUUGGCAAUACUGAGUUUAGGAGUUGAUUGAGAUACAUCUGACUUCACUAGUUUGGUCAUUCCAUUUGUUAAAGAUACAGUCACCAAGAAGUUUUUGUCUUUCUUGAAAGACCCCAGUGGAAGCCUUGCUAUUUUUAAUAAAAUUAACUAACA